AUGGGCCUCUCGCGCAAACACAUAAUCGAGGGAAUGGCAUGCUCUCUUCGCCGCUUGGAUCUCCAAUAUGUAGACAUCGUGUACGCGCACCGUCCAGAUCCACAUACACCAAUAGAAGAAAUAGUUCGCGGAUUCAACCACCUCAUUUGUACGGGACAGGCCUUCUACUGGGGUACUUCAGAAUGGAGCGCGCAAGAGAUUACAGAUGCAUGGCACGUCGCAGACAGGCUGGGGCUCGUUGGGCCUGCUGCUGAACAGCCCGAGUACAACCUUUUGACCCGCGCGCGGUUAGAGGUGGAAUACGCUCGGCUUUACGAGACACGUGGACAAGGCAUGACGGUCUUCUCGCCGCUAAAGCAGGGAAUCCUGAAAGGCAAGUAUAACGAUGUACAGGUGCCGCCAGCGGGAAGUCGGUUGGUAGAGUCGCAGUCCGCAGUUGUCAGGGAGCUUAGACAGAGCUUCAGCGAUGAGACGUGGGGGAGGGAGUUGGGUCGAGUUGCGGCGUUGAAAGAAAUUGCCGAGGAAUUGCAGGUCCCGACGGCGAGGCUGGCAUUAGCAUGGAUCUUGGUGAAUCCGCGAGUCUCCUGUAUGAUCACUGGCGCGUCUUGUAUUGAUCAGGCCAGGCAAAAUGUGCGAGCUUUGGAGGUGGUGCCGAGGUGGACUCCGGAUAUUCUAGGGAAGAUUGAAUGUGCGGUCAGAAAUAAGCCGGUGGAGGAGCCAAUGAUAAUUUAG